AUGGUCGCGUCCACACAGUGGAAGCUCAUCCAGCGGGACCAGAAUGAAACUCCCACAGUGCUACACGUGGAGCAGCCUGAGGAGCCGGCUCGGGCGAAGCGGAAGCCAGAGGGCAAGAAGGCUGUGCUCCCAGCCGCUGAGCAGGAGUCUGAGGGCCUGAGGGGCGCCGACGUGGCGGUGGGAGCAGGAGGCGGGCCGGUGACAGCUGGGGGGGCGGCCCUGACCUUCCCGAUCGAUGGGGCGCGGCCGGCCGCCUGGAGCCGGGGCGGUGAGCCCGCGUCCCGGACCCCGCUCCUCCGCCCGCCGCACGCGGCCCCGCUGUGCGCGCCCCCCACGCCCGACGUGGGCCUGACCCGUGUGGCCCGCCGCCCCAGGGCCCGCAGACACUCGGACGGGACGUUCACCAGCGAGCUCAGCCGCCUGCGGGAGGGCGCGCGGCUGCAGCGGCUGCUCCAGGGCCUCGUGGGGAAGCGCAGGUGCCGGCAGCCAAGAUGGGGGCUCAGGCCCCCGGCUGUCAUCCGCCCUGCUCUCGUGGGCUGUGCUCUGUCGAACCCCCGGGGCCCAGCGCCCAGGCCCCAGGCGCUCAAGAACCUCUUCGAGGUCAAAGAGAACUCAAAUAUCACGGAGCCCCUGGUUGACAUCCAAGUCCCGGGCGACCAGGAGGUGACCCUCGGAUCCUCAUCCACCCCCUCGGCGUUCCGGAUGGAGAACCAGCUGUUUCUCAGCAAGACGCCCGACUACGAGGAGAACUCGCUGCUGCAGGCUCACCUGGAGUGCAAAAGGGGAGGCACCGUGGUGACCCAGCUGUGGGUGUUCGUGUCUGUGCUGGACGUCAACGACAACGCCCCCGUGUUUCCCUUCACAACCAAGGAGGUGUCCGUGGAGGAGGACACCAAAGUGAACUCCACCGUCAUCCCUGAGUCCGAACUGGAGGCCAAGGAUGCAGACAAAGAUGACACCUUGUUCUACACCCUCCAGGAAGUGACCCCGGGCGCCGGCGACCUCUUCUCUCUGGAGGGCGUGAACCGCCCCGCGCUGAGACUGGACCGGUCCCUGGACGUCUACAAGUGGCCAAACGCAACCUUCCGGCUGCUGGCGCGGGACACAGCGGAGGAGAACGUGGAGCCCAGCCACACGGCCACCGCCACCCUGGUGCUGACGGUGCUGCCGGCCGACCUGCGGCCCCCCUGGUUCCUGCCCUGCACCUACUCCGAUGGCUACGUCUGCCUCCAGGCCCAGUACCACGGGGCUGUGCCCACGAGACAGAAGCUGCCGUCCCCGCUUGUCCUGCGUCCCGGGCCCAUCUACGCAGUGGACGGGGACCGGGCCAUCAACCAGCGCAUCAUCUAUAGCAUCCUGAGCGGAAAUGUGAAUGCCACAUUCACCCUCGACCCGGACUCGGGCAACCUCACCAUGGCCCAGAGCGUGCCCAGCCCGACAACCUUCCUCUUGGUGGUGAAGGCGGAGCAGGCGGACCGCACGCGCUACUCCUUGACCCAGGUCACCGUGGAGGCCCUUGCUUCCACCGGGAGCGUCCCCAGCUUCCCCCAGAGCCUGUACCGCGGCACCCUGGUGCCAGGCUCCCCAGCGGGGGUUGCUGUGCAGGACGCGGCCGCCCUCACUCAGCCCCUGAGGAUCCAGGCUAAGGACCCCGACUUCCCGGACCUCAACUCGGCCAUCACGUACCGAGUCACCAACCACUCUGGCUUCCGGAUGGAGGGAGAGCUGCUGCUGACCAACACCUCGAUGGAACAGCCGGGGGUCUUCUAUGCACAGGUGAUGGCCGAGAACACGGUGACCUCCGGCACAGCCACCACAGUUGUGGAAAUACGAGUCUCCGAACAGGAGCCCCCCUCCACAGGUCCCCCGGGGGCUGGAGGAACAACUGAGCCCUCGAACAGUACCACUGUGGAAGUCCCCAGGCCCCCUGGGCCCUCUCAGGGACCCUCCUCAACCAGCCCUGGGGGGGGCACGGGCCCUCGCCCACCCUCAGGCACCACUCUGGGGCCACCUGCCUCACCCACACCUGAGGGGCCCCCCAGUCCGGGAAACAGCACCUCCCCCCAACCAGCCACACCCGGUGGGGGCUCAGCACAAACCCCAAAGCCUGGGACGGCUCAGCCGACACCCCCCAAUGUGGGAAAUGGCACCACUCCCCAACCAGCCACACCUGGUGGGGGCUCGGCACAAACCCCAAAGCCCGGGACAGCUCAGCCGACGCCCCCCAAUGUGGGAAAUGGCACCACCCCCCAACCAGCCACACCCAGUGGGGGCUCAGCACAAACCCCAAAGCCUGGGACGGCUCAGCCGACACCCCCCAAUGCGGGAAAUGGCACCACCCCCCAACCAGCCACACCCGGCGGGGGCUCAGCACAAACCCCAAAGCCUGGGACUGCUCAGCCGACGCCCCCGGGACCCAGCAGGAGCCCCCUGCCCUCAGGAGUGCCGGACGGUGGUCUGGCUGAGGAGGACAAGCGGUUCUCAGUGGCGGACAUGGCCACUCUGGGCGGGGUGCUAGGCGUGCUGCUGCUGCUGGCCCUGUUAGGCCUGGCGGUCCUGGCCCGUAAGCACUACGGCCAGCGGCUCAAGUGCUGCUCCCGCUCCGCUCCGGAUCCCCAGCCCUCCGGCUAUGACAACCAGGCCUUCCUUGAUGGCGACGAGGCCAACUGGGCACCCGCCCCCAGCCCUGAGCAGGGCGGCAAGACCGCGGAGGCACCGGCCGCCGCCGCCACGGAACCCGCGCCCCUCGAAACUCCGGCGCCCCCCGCGCCCCCCAGCCCCGCACCCCGCAGCCCUGUCCCCGAGUCGCCUGCGGUCCCGGCUGGGGGAAGCCCCACCGCCGUGAGAUCCAUCCUGACCAAGGAUCGGCGGCCAGAAGGCGGCUACAAGGCCGUGUGGUUCGGCGAGGACAUCGGGGCCGAGGCGGACGUGGUCGUCCUCAACGUGCCCAGCGCGGACGCGGACGGCGCCGGCGACUCGGGCAACGAGGGCAGCGGGGACGAGAACGCGGAGGCGGACUCGGGCCGGGGCGGGAGUCCCCACGACGAGCCCGGGGCGGAUUCCACCUACAUCUAGCGCGGCCCUCCGCCAGCGGACCCCCGAGGUGCCGCUUGGCCGCGCGCGCUUCCCCGCCGCCCUUCUUUGCGCAGAAUAAAGUGA